ACUAUUGUCCCACUGAAACACGUGUUUGGCUAACAAUUGUUCCGCGGUUGAGAACACCUCGAUGACGUCACACAGGAGGAAGAACAAAACAAGAUGGCGUCUGACGGAGAAUACGUUGUUUUGGUUAUUAUGGUUUCUUGGUCUUAAUUACAACGUACAUGUGCACAUGUGUGUCGUUUAACAGAGUAAACGUCGUUAUUAAUUGUUUGUAUGCGGAUACAUUAGUCUGAGGGCACUUUGACGUGCUAGCCUAGCCUGCUGGUUAGCUUAGCUUGUUAGCUGCUAACAAAGAGAGGCGGAAGUGAUCGACACAUCAAAGCAGAGAUCCAAUACGUCUGUGAAGAACAUCUUCACUCUGAGCAACAGAAGUGGAACUUCCAUAUGCGGACGGAGGAACCACUGCCCUCCCACAUUAAGAAGGAAGUGGAAUACCCACCGAUCCCCCAUUUUAAAAAAGAAGAGGAGGACCCAGUGACACCCCAUUUUAAAGAGGAAGAGGAGGACCCACUGACACUCCAUUUUAAAAAGGAAGCGGUGGAUCCACUGAACCCUCACAUUAAGGAGGAAGAGAUGGAUCCACUGACACCCCAUUUUAAAAAAGAAGAGGAGGACCCACUGACACCCCAUUUUAAAGAGGAAGAGGAGGACCCAAUGACACUCCAUUUUAAAAAGGAAGCGGUGGAUCCACUGAACCCUCACAUUAAGGAGGAAGAGAUGGAUCCACUGACACCCCAUUUUAAAAAAGAAGAGGAGGACACACUGACACCCCAUUUUAAAGAGGAAGCGGUGGAUCCACUGAACCCUCACAUUAAGGAGGAAGAGGAGGACCCACUGACACUCCAUUUUAAAAAGGACGCGGUGGAUCCACUGAACCCUCACAUUAAGGAGGAAGAGGAGGAACACUGCAUCAGUCAGCAGGGAGAGCAUCUUGAAUGGUUGGAGGAGUUCCCAGUGAUUGGUGUCCCUGUGAAGAGUGAAGGUGAUGAGGUCAAAAGUGAAAGUGAGGAGAAGAGAGAGGCGGAGCCUCCAAGCAGCAGCUCAACUCAACACAUGACAACAGAAGCUGAUGGAGACCACUGUGGAGGAUCACAAGCAGACAAGCUCUUAGCUCCACUAUCAGAUAGUGAGGACACAACGUCACACUCUCCUGACACUGAUGAUGAACACUCUAAAGAUGAUAAGACAUGUCACACUGACAACACACACUUCACAUGUUCUCACUGUGACAAAACUUUUAAAUACCAUUGUCAUCUGAAAAGCCACAUGAGAAAACACACUGGAGAAAAACCUUUUUCCUGCUCAGAAUGUGGUAAACGUUUUUUAAGAAAUCAAAGUUUAAAAGCACACAUGAGAACACACACUGGAGAAAAACCUUUUUCAUGUUCAAUCUGCGGUAAAGAUUUUACUCAUAGGCAAUAUUUGAAAAUACACAGUAGAGUACAUACUGGAGAAAAACCUUUUUCCUGCUCAGAAUGUGGUAAAAGUUUUGUAAGAAAUCAAAGUUUAAAAGUACACAUGAGAACACACACUGGAGAAAAACCUUUUUUUUGUUCAAUCUGCUGUAAAGAUUUUACUCAAAAGCACCAUUUCAAAGCACACAUGAUAAUACACACUGGAGAAAAACCAUUUUCAUGUUCAAUCUGCAGUAAAGGUUUUACUCGAAGGGACCAUUUCAAAAAACACAUGAGAACACACACUGGAGAAAAACCUUUUUCAUGUUCAAUCUGCUGUAAAGAUUUUACUCAAAAGCACCAUUUCAAAGCACACAUGAGAACACACACUGGAGAAAAACCUUUUUCAUGUUCAAUCUGUGGUAAAGAUUUUACUCAUAAGCACAAUUUCAAAGCACACAUGAGAAUACACACUGGAGAACAACUUUUUUCAUGUUCAAUCUGCGGUAAAGAUUUUACUCAAAGGGACCAUUUAAAAAAACACAUGAGAUCACACACUGGAGAAAAACCUUUUUCAUGUUCAAUCUGCAGUAAAGAUUUUACUCUAAAGAACCAUUUCAAAGCACACAUGAGAAUACACACUGGAGAAAAACGUUUUUCAUGUUCAGUAUGUUGUAAAAGUUUUAUACAUAGACAGCAUUUGAAAAGACACAUGAUAACACACACAGGAGAGAAAGUGUUGAGUUGCAGUGUGUGUGGUGAAAGAUUCUCUUAUAAGUACCAGUGUAAAAAACACAAGUGUGCUGGUGAGAACAGCAGCAGCAAAUGAAGAUGCAUGAUUUGAAAUAAACUGUCAAAACUUUCACUUUGACUUUCUAAGAACGUCAGCACGUAGAUUCUAACAUUUAUAGAUUAGAUAUUUUAGAUUAUUGCUUUUUUCAGUCAAGUACAUGUUUUAAUAUACACUAUAGUGUACUUUUAUUUAAAAAUGAACACAACACUUUGACUGUAAAGGUGAGAAUAAACAGGACAAAACAUGUUACAAAUACUUUUUAUGUGUAUUGAGAUAUUGAGAAAUAAUUUUUAAUUAUUAUUGAUGUUAUAGAUGAACUCAUUUAUAUGAUGUACAUAUUUGUUUUACAUUUGUUCAAAGCUUUUCUUUUGAGUACACAUAAUUCCCUCUUAGUUCAUAUUAUGAUAAUGUGGAUAACACCUUGAGAUUCAAA